AUGCCUGAUGCUUCUAGUGUUGUAAUAACAGCUGUGCUAUUAAUACUUGUUGUUGUGGACGUCGUGGGCAAUACACUUGUUUGUUUAAUCAUAAAACGAUAUCUUCGCACCAAGUAUGAGAGAACAUUCUUUACUGAUUUGUUUCUUCCUUGUCCGAGUGUUUCUGAGUUUGACUUUUGAUCAUUUAUAAUUUGGAUUUUUCAUCUCUAAAUACAGAAAUCCCAUGAAUUAUUUACUUCUGAAUCUGGCCAUAUCUGAUAUCCUAUUCGCAUUGUUCAUCGCACCAAAGAUUAUCGUCAGCUUCAACAUGAGUCACCCGGACGGAUUGGCAGGUGUGGUUCUCUGCAAGCUUUUGACAGGUGGGAAUAUGGCCUGGGUUGCAGGAGUUUCGUCAAUUGUCACUUUGGUUGCAAUUGCCUUUGAAAGAUACUACGCAGUAGUAUAUCCCAUUGCCAGAGAAAAGAAUCUUUCACGGCGCAAACUGAAGGUAAGUCUUUUCAUCAACCCUGAAAAACCAACGGACACCUAAAAAUGUCCAAAAUCUUCCAGUCCUAUUCAAAAUGCGCAUCCAUCAAUUUAGCCACCGGUCCAUCUAACUACCAAUCAUUUGGUAAAGAGCUUAGAAUAACUCUGAACUCACCAUAGUCAUUGUGCAAAUAAAAUUUCACAAAAUUUAGAAACCCCUUUUUAAACUUUCUUUUUCAGAUAAUAGUUAUUGGCGCUUGGGUGUUCUCUGCAUUUUUGAACAUACCAUUAUUCUUGGCUAGGACUUUCGACGAGGAGAAAACCAGCAAAAACUGUGUUCAGAGUUGGCCUGAUCAUGAGAAGUGGAUGUCCACGGCUUAUUCUUUGGCGUGGUUGGUUUUUGUUGUCGUUUCUGUAGGAAUAAUGGUUGUCCUUUAUUCUAUUAUCGUGUGCACAUUGUGGUUCAAAUGCGAUGGAAACAAAGGAAUCAACUAUCAGCAAAAAGUAAGCGUUUAAAUAAGGGAAAAUUAAACACAGGAAGACUUAGGGAAACAAUUCUUGUGGCUAAAAUUAGAAAGUAUUCUUUCUAAAUGACAACUGAACCUUUAGUUGAAAAAGUCUCCUCUAAGGUAAUAUCUUAAAAAGGUUUUUGGUAAUUCAACGUGGUAUAUAUCCUUGUAGUGAAGAAGAGUCAAUUUUUUCAUAAUAAAUUUAACAGCAUACUUCACUACAUUCUCUUAGCUGAUUGGGAUCCUUUUCCUUCUCUCAACUCACAGGGCGUCAUAAAGGUUCGGAAACGUGUUACCUUGAUGGCUAUGGUAGUCAGUUUCAUCUUUGCAGUUUCCUGGGGAGCAGAAACAGUUGAAUACGUGUUGAGGUUUCUUACAACUCUCAACAUUAGCUUUGAACAUAUUGCAGCUGUUGAUAUGAUGGUGUUGUUCAAUUCAGCAGUCAACCCAUUCGUGUAUGCCCUCUUGAACCAUCAGUUCAGACAGAACAUCAAGAGAUUGAUUUGGUGUAGUGAUACACCAGCACCCAGGACUGGAGGAAAGGAAAUUACAAACCGAAGUUCUGAUCAUGAACGCACUAUUGAAAUAUGAUUCUUGAAACGAAACAUUGCUUAUUUUAUCGCACAUGAGCCCCACUAUCAAUAUGUUACAUAUUUUUAGAUAAAGUAAAAUCACUUCACACUAAAAGAACUUAAAUAUUAGAGAAGAAGACAGGUGGAAAGAGAAAUUUAACAACACCACAAAGGAAAGUAAUACUGUGGCGGAUCUAGGGAGGCCCCCCUCCUUAUUUUGGGUGAAAAAAAGAAGAAAAAGAGCCGCAGAAGGAAGAAGAGCCGACAGGGGAAGCCACAAAAAACAGGGCCCUCCCCCUUAGCACAAGGUCUGGAUCACUGACCGCCACUGCAAUACAUAAUACAAGAACCAGGUUAAAUGAAAGUAGAUGUAAAAGAUUUAAGAAUAACAAAUUCCGAAUAAUUUUCAAUUUUCAUCGUUGUAUCAUUCGUAAUCGUAUCUAGUUUACUGAGUUAGACAAUAAUUCCCUGAAAGCAUCCCUUCGGCAUAAAUUAUCAGAAUAACGAACGGGUCACACAACUUUCUCAACCUUUCUACGUGCUGGUAUGGUUUUAAAUGGCUCAAGGCAUUUUGAAAAUCACUGAAAGGGGAAUAGAUUUCUAGUAUUACAUCAUGUAUCUCCAAAUAUUCCCAUCUUUGCUCCAACACAACUUUAGUAAUCUCGAUUUGACACGAAAGCAAAGUGAAUGACUGAAAAACAUGAGUAGAGAUAUGAAAGCAUGAAAAGGGAUUUUUAGCAAAAUUAGGGGACACAUCGUCAAUUGGAUGUUCAUGCAUGGUUGCGUCAAGAAUAUAAUAUAAGGAUUCAUUAAUUUAUUAGCGCAGUUAUUAUUUAUAGUAAUCUCAUCCCAGCGAGAGCACACAUGCAAGUGUAGUGAAAGAUCGCAGUAGUAGUGAAACAGUGUGACCAAAACAAACAGUGGCACACGUGUUGCAACCGAGUUUGUUUCUCGGCUGGAAUGUCUAAUUUUUGAUUUUGUAAAGCAACAAAGUUUAUAAGAAUUGAAAGCUUAUUUACUUCCAAAUAAUUCAAAUGCGAGUUCUUUACCCUCUUUACAAACGCGGAAAUUUGAUUUGACGUAGUCUAUGGUCCUAGUAAGGCUCAUUGUCGCUAUUCUUAACUAUGAAUUGUAACUGACUCAGAAAAAUCACGCCCACUUCCGACUUAACUUGAAUCGAACUUCGAUCAUGACAGAAGAGAAUAUUACGACGAAAGUACAACAGACCUAUGGUAUAAACUUCUGUAAAUUUAAAGUCAUUAUAUUUGGCGUCAAUGAGGAUGAGAAGUUAUGCGCCUGGUAUCCCCAAAUUGCAUCAGGGACGUAUUCCAGCUUGUGAAAUGACUGCCGUAAGCUAUAUUGAUGUUGGUAUGGUUUGUUCUACUGCCUCUUUUGAAUAGCAUAAUCUAAUGGCCUGGAACAAUUUUUUGUUAGUGGAGGUAGCCGGUUUACCUUAUUUACCGGUGUGAUUCAAAAACCAAGAAGGGGUUGAAUGCUCCUCUCUUCACCUUUUCUUCUACUAAUUUGAUGUUAAAUUAAGCUGAGUUCUAUCUAACUCGGGCUUGCUAAAAAAGUUUUUAUUCUAAAUAUUCUCAUUGUCAGUAAGGCGGAUAAUUUUUAGUGAAACGUCGAUAACUUUGUUGUCGUUUUGUAACACUAAACUAAUUGAUAUAAUUGUGCAGUGGUUUUCCUCUGGGCAUCUUUCCUAAAAUUGCAAAGAACUAAAAGAGUUAAGCGGCUGUGAUCUUCAGCUGUUGUGUUUUUGGCGCGACAAUAAACUUUGCAAGGUUUUGAUCUAAGACUUGAACAGCGGCGUUUGUGCUCCUUUCUGUAGUGACACCAAUCUGUGGAAACCGAUAUUAUGAAGAAAAGUUGAAGUUUGUUAAAAAUCAAAGCCAGACACGUUCUGCUUGCUACUUUUGUCAAAUUCGAAGAGAAGUAAGUUAUUCUCACUGUGAAAUAGUAUCGCCACUAAUUCUUCUUUUUGUUGCGCUCGACUACAGCUGCUCGGUAUUUGUUCAUCCUUUAAAAAAAACGUACUUCGUUUGUCUUUUUUCCCUUUGCUUCUCGAGCAGGGAGGAUAUGUCUUCUCAAGACAUAUUUAGACAAGAUUAGUUUUAUUGACGCCCACUCGUAUUGCAGCUGUUGAUAUGAUGGUGUUAUUCAAUUCAACAGUCAACCCAUUCAUGUAUGCCCUCCUUAACCACCGCUUCAGACAGAACAUCAAGAGAGUGAUUUGGCGCAGUGAUACAUUAGAACCCACGACUGGAGGAAAGGAAAAGAUUAGGGAAGGAGAAGGGGGAAAAGAGAAAUUCAACAACACUUUAACUUAAAAGGGAGCUUAGUCUAGCAGUGAAACGAAGG